UGUUAUUGGUCUGUGGUCUAAUACGUUUUUUGGCUGUUCAUUUUAAUUGUAUAGUUAGCAAUUACAAUAUUUCAGAAAAAUGAAUGAAGUAGAAAAAUUAGAGUACCUUUCAUUAGUUUCUAAAGUAUGUACCGAGCUGGAAAAUCAUUUAGGAAUGAACGAUAAAGAUUUAGCUGAAUUUAUAAUACACCUAUCGGAAAAAAAUAAUACACCCGACACAUUCAAAAAAGCACUAAUUGAAAAUGGAGCAGAAUUUUCAGACUCAUUUAUGUCCAAUCUGUUACGAAUUAUUCAGCACAUGAAACCAAAAAACAAAUCGGGUGAAGAUCAAAAAGUUCAGGAAAAGGAUAGUCUGGCUCAAAAAUUUCCAGGGUUAGCCAUUCCAGAUGAACCUCAAAAACCGUUAACUAAUUUUGAAUUGACGGAUGAAAAUGACGAGAAAAUGACUGAUACCGUCGCAGAUAUAAUGGCACAAUUUGAGGCACAUGCACCUUCCAGUAAAGAGAAGGAAAAACGAGAUUCUAGAAAGGAAGGAAGUCAAAGUCCACAGCGUAAAAAAGUUAAGAAAAGCACGAAAUCUCCAAGCAGAAGAAGGAGAUCAAGAAGUAGAUCUUACCAGAGAGACAGUAAAAGAAAUAGAUCUAGAUCUAAAGACAGGAGGAGCAGAAGGGAACGUGAGCAACGUGAUGGUCGCAAUAGAUCGAGACAUCGGCAAAGAUCCAGGGAGAGAUCAAGAAGUAGGUCAAGGGAUAAGAGAAAAGAUCACUUUAACAGGAGACAUAAUCCUGACAGAAAGAGAAGACAAAGACAGGAAUCCCGACAGACCCAUAACCAGAGACAUAAUCAUGACAGAGGCAGUCCAGAAUUGGAGGAGGAUCCGAUUACAGGAAAGAUUUACAUGGGCAAAGUGACAAAUAUUGUUCCGUUUGGAUGUUUUGUACAGUUAGAGGGACUAAGAAAAAAAUGGGAAGGUCUGGUGCAUAUCUCACAACUUCGAGCAGAAGGUAGAGUAACCAAUGUUUCAGAAGUUGUGUCUAGAGGAAGCAGAGUUAAGGUAAAAGUUCUUUCGGUAACGGGACAGAAGGUGUCGCUUACAAUGAAAGACGUGUGCCAGAUAACUGGAAAAGACUUGAACCCACUGUCCCACAUCCUGACAGAAAGAGAAGACAAAGACAGGAAUCCCGACAGACCCAUAACCAGUAGCACUUCCGUUCUCAGGUUGCCGGUAGGUACGGACGAGGGAGAAGAUGAUUCAAGGAAACGCGUGACGAGAAUAUCGAGCCCAGAAAGAUGGGAAAUAAAGCAGAUGAUCUCCUCGGGUUGUAUAGAUAAAAGCGAGUUGCCCGAUUUCGAUGAAGAAACCGGCCUUCUUCCGAAAGACGAAGAUGGCGGCGAGGCUGACAUUGAAAUAGAAUUGGUUGAAGAUGAACCACCUUUCUUGCAAGGUCACGGCCGGGCCCUCCACGAUUUGAGUCCCGUACGUAUUGUAAAGAAUCCCGACGGCUCCCUGGCCCAGGCAGCUAUGAUGCAAUCGGCUCUGGCUAAGGAAAGACGAGAACAAAAAAUGUUACAGAGAGAACAAGAGGUCGAUUCGCAGCCUUCGGGCAAAAACAAAAGUUGGAUAGACCCCUUGCCCGAGGAGGAGUACAAGAGCACCUCGGCGCGAGGAAUUGGACUGCAGUCGCAGGAUUUACCGGAAUGGAAGAAGCACGUCAUCGGCGGCAAGAAAUCGUCGUUCGGGAAAAAAACCAAUUUGAGCAUAAUAGAACAGAGGCAGUCCUUGCCCAUUUACAAAUUAAAAGAAGAGCUGCGCAAGGCGGUGACGGACAAUCAAAUUUUGAUAGUUAUCGGAGAAACCGGUUCCGGAAAAACGACCCAAAUCACCCAAUAUUUGGCAGAAGCGGGUUUUACCUCGAGGGGCAAGAUCGGCUGCACGCAGCCUCGUCGAGUGGCGGCGAUGUCGGUGGCGAAACGGGUGGCGGAAGAAUUCGGUUGCAGGUUGGGGCAGGAAGUGGGCUAUACCAUACGUUUCGAGGACUGCACCAGUCCCGAAACUAUAAUUAAAUACAUGACGGACGGCAUGUUGCUGAGAGAAUGCCUCAUGGAUUUGGAUCUUAAACAGUAUUCGGUUAUUAUGCUCGACGAGGCCCACGAACGCACGAUACACACCGACGUCUUGUUCGGCCUCCUAAAGCAGGCGGUUACGAAAAGAGCAGAGUUAAAACUGAUCGUAACGUCGGCCACCUUGGACGCCGUCAAGUUUUCUCAGUAUUUCUUCGAGGCUCCGAUCUUCACGAUACCGGGACGAACGUUUCCCGUGGAGGUGUUGUACACGAAAGAGCCGGAAACCGAUUACUUGGACGCCAGUCUGAUAACUGUGAUGCAGAUUCAUCUGAGGGAACCCCCGGGUGAUAUACUUUUGUUUUUGACCGGUCAGGAAGAGAUCGAUACGGCCUGCGAGAUAUUGUACGAAAGAAUGAAGUCUUUAGGUCCUGAUGUUCCCGAACUGAUUAUUUUGCCGGUGUAUUCGGCUUUACCUUCGGAAAUGCAAACGAGGAUAUUCGAACCGGCUCCCCCCGGCAGCCGUAAGGUGGUCAUCGCUACCAAUAUCGCCGAAACCUCCUUAACCAUCGAUGGCAUAUUUUACGUAGUUGAUCCUGGAUUUGUAAAACAGAAAGUAUACAACUCUAAGACCGGAAUGGAUUCCUUAGUAGUUACGCCAAUAUCCCAGGCCCAAGCCAAGCAAAGAGCCGGUCGCGCGGGGCGUACCGGUCCAGGGAAGUGUUAUAGGUUAUACACGGAGAGGGCGUAUAGGGACGAAAUGUUGCCGACGCCGGUACCCGAGAUUCAACGAACAAACCUGGCCACUACGGUGUUGCAAUUGAAGACCAUGGGUAUUAACGAUCUCUUGCACUUCGAUUUCAUGGACGCCCCUCCCGUUGAAUCUCUUAUUAUGGCCCUGGAACAGCUGCAUUCUCUGUCGGCUUUGGACGACGAAGGUUUGCUGACUAGACUAGGGAGGAGGAUGGCCGAAUUUCCAUUAGAGCCCAACCUUUCCAAGAUGCUCAUCAUGUCGGUGGCGCUGCAGUGUUCCGACGAAAUUCUCACGAUCGUCAGCAUGUUGUCCGUUCAAAACGUUUUCUACAGGCCGAAGGACAAGCAGGCGCUGGCCGACCAGAAGAAGGCGAAAUUCAACCAACCGGAGGGGGAUCACUUAACACUCCUGGCGGUGUACAACAGCUGGAAGAAUAACAAAUUUUCAAAUGCUUGGUGCUACGAGAACUUUGUGCAAAUAAGGACUCUGAAAAGGGCGCAGGAUGUGAGAAAGCAGCUGUUGGGGAUCAUGGACAGGCAUAAGCUGGACGUUGUCUCGGCGGAGAGGAACACGGUGAGGGUGCAAAAGGCCAUUUGUUCGGGUUUUUUCAGGAAUGCCGGUAAAAAAGAUCCGCAAGAAGGAUACCGGACGUUGGUCGAUAGUCAAGUGGUUUAUAUCCACCCGUCGAGUGCGCUGUUCAAUCGUCAGCCCGAGUGGGUAAUAUAUCACGAAUUGGUGCAAACCACGAAAGAAUAUAUGAGGGAAGUGACGACCAUAGACCCCAAGUGGUUGGUGGAGUUCGCGCCUGCGUUCUUCAAAUUUUCCGAUCCCACCAAGCUCAGCAAGUUUAAGAAGAACCAAAGGCUCGAACCUUUGUAUAACAAGUACGAAGAACCCAAUGCUUGGAGAAUUUCUAGAGUCAGAAGGAGGAGAAAUUAAUGUGUUCCUCUCAAGAGCUUUGUAAAUAGUGUUAUAGUGUAAGUAUAGAACAAUAAAUGUACAGAUUUUAAGUAUUUA